AUGGCUUUCGGCUGGGGCGAAUCUCAAGAUGCUCACCGCAGAGUCUACGGCGGUGAGGAGCACCAAAGUCAGUGGACUCACGAGCUUGCCGCUGGUGCCGCUUCCUUUGCCGGCAUGAAGGCAUACGAGGACCACCAGCGUAAGGAGGGCAAGACUGUCAGCCACGCCUUCGCCAAGGAGGCCAUUGCCGCCCUUGUCGGUGCUGAAGUCGAUAAGCUUGCCGAAACCAAGGGCAUGGACGAAGUCGACAAGAUUAAGGCUAAGCACCAAGCUAAGGAGAAUGCCCACAGAAUGUACGACGAGCAUUACGUCCAAGGCCACGGCGCUGAGCAUUAUGACCCCGGCCGCUACGGACCCCACGAGAGCUACGGCCGCUGGUAA